AUGGCGGACGCGGCCAGGGCGAUGCUGAUGAUGCUGGUGGCCACGAGCGGCGAGAGAUGCGUGGCCGCGGAGGGAGGACAGGACGAGGGGGAGGACCGCGGCGUCAGUGACACGGCGGCCGAUGUGGGGCUGAGUGAAGAUCUGUGGCCCACGCGCCCGCCGGGCUCCGACGCGGACGACGGGGUGGAAUUUCCGACGCGAGGCGGCUGCAUCGUCGGGGGCAGGGAGAUCCCAUUCAAGCGGUCCGGCGGCCUGUCGAGGGAGAUCAUGGCCGGGGGGGGGUGCGGUUGGCUGGCUGCCGCGCCGGCGAUGGGGUCGAUGAGCAGCCAGGGGUGGCGGCCGGCGAUGGAGGACGCCGGCACCGUGAUCGAGGGCCUGCUGGAGGCGCCGCUGCUCUUCCGGCGCGGCGACAGGGUGGUGCCGCCUGGCGUGGAGGGAAAUCUGCCGAGCCUGUGGGACGAUGCGGCCAGCUCGCCGAGGUCGCCGCUCAACGGCCUGCCCUCUGAGUCGAUCGAGUCGUGGCAGGAGAGCCUGGACGGGGAUGCGGACUGCGCGUCCGAUGAUCCGAGGCGCGUGGAUGCGCGGUUCCACUUCGCGGGCGUCUAUGAUGGCCACGGUGGGCAGGCGGUGUCCCGCCAGGUGGCCGGCAACCUCCACCUGCACUUCAGGCGGGCAUUCGAUCGCGCCCUGGACGCAUCAACUCCGGCCGUCAAGGCCGUGGACGCCGUUCCGGUCGCUCAGGGCUCGCGAUUCAGAUGGGUGGCGCCCGUCGGGGCGUGCAACGCGGACCAUCCCGGCCUGGGGCUGGCCGAUGUUGCAGGUGCGGCGAAAUUGGCCUUCCGGCUGAUGGACGGGCAGCUGAUGGACGAGGGUGUGGCGGAGAGCAUGGGCACGACGGCGGUGGUGAGCCUGGUGAGCGAGUCGCACGUGGUCGUGGCGAACUGUGGGGAUUCGAGGGCGGUGCUGUCGAGGGGCGGGAGUGCCUACAGGCUGACGAGGGACCACAAGCCGACCCUGGAGGACGAGCAGGAAAGGAUAUUGGGCUGUGGUGGAAAACUCAUGAACUACAAUGGCCUGAGGGUGAUGGGUCUGCUGGCCAUGUCACGGGCCCUUGGCGACCACGGCCUGAGGGAUGCUGGCGUUGUGGCUGAACCGGAGGUGACCAUCCUGGGACGUGAACGGGAGGACGAGUUUCUGGUGCUGGCGAGUGACGGCCUGUGGGAUGCACUCACCGAUCAGGAGGCUUGCGACCUGGCGGGGAGGUGCUUCCAGCGGGCCCAGGAGCAGGAGGCCUCGCCAGAGGUCGCCGUGAGGGUCGCCGCGAGGGUCCUCAUGAGGGCGGCGCUGGACAGGGGGUCCAAGGACAAUAUCACCGUGACGAUCGUGGACCUGCAUGGCACUGGCAAGCAGAAGACCUGA